CUAGUUUUGAUUGGUGCUUUUCCACCGGUAUCUUUCCUCCCUCUCCAAACCCCAAAAAAUCUGGAAUCUCGCUGAAUUUGCCGUGUAUUGAAUUGUUCUGACGUGGGUUUAACUAUAUUUUUCGUUUAAAUUGGACAAUUUCCAUGAAGAGUAAUCUUUAAUGAAUAAAACAUUAUCAUAAUCAGAAAAAUGAAGAUUAUUGGAACCAUUGCUACCUUUACAAUAUGUUUUACUUUAAUCCACUUUGCAAAUACACUUGCUGUGAUGUCCGUUGAUUUGGGUUCAGAAUGGAUGAAAGUAGGAGUUGUAUCACCAGGAGUACCAAUGGAAAUAGCUUUAAAUAAAGAAUCAAAACGAAAAACACCUGCUGUAAUAAGUUUUAAAGAUAAUGAAAGAUUGUUUGGGGAAGAUGCUCAAACAUUAGGUAUAAGAUUUCCUAAGAAUGCUUACAUGUACCUACUUGAUCUAUUGGGAAAAGAUAUAAAUCAUCCUAUGGUGAAACUAUAUCAGAAACGUUUCCCCUACUAUGAAAUUGUUGAAAAUCCAGAGAGAAAAACUAUUAUGUUCAAACAUGAUGAAGACAAUAUUUACUCGGUAGAAGAAUUACUAGCUCAAUUACUAGUGAAAGCUAAAGAAUUUGCUGAGCAGGCAGCACACCAACCAAUUAAAGAAUGUGUGAUUACAGUACCUGGGUAUUUUAAUCAAGUAGAAAGGGUGGCCCUAGGUGAAGCAGUUAAACUUGCUAAUUUGAAACUACUUCAGUUAAUAAAUGAUUAUACAGCUGUUGCUUUGAAUUAUGGGAUAUUUAGAAGUAAAGAUUUCAAUGACACCACACAAUAUGUAAUGUUUUAUGAUAUGGGAGCUUCUUCUACAACAGCAACAAUAGUCAGUUUUCAGAACACAAAAACUAAAGAAAGGGGAUAUAUGGAGACUCAUCCAGAACUGAAUAUUAUAGGGGUGGGGUAUGAUCGUACCUUGGGAGGAUUGGAAAUGCAACUUAGACUUCGUGAUUAUCUUGGAAAUAAGUUCAAUGAAGUUAAGAAAACCAAAAAUGAUGUUUUUGGAAAUAACCGAAGUAUGGCAAAACUUUUCAAAGAAGCUGGUAGAUUGAAAAAUGUAUUAUCUGCUAAUAUUCAACAUAUUGCUCAAAUUGAAGGUCUGUUAGAUGAAGAAGAUUUCAAAUUGCCUGUUACACGUCAAGAAUUUGAGGACUUGAUACCAGAUUUAUUAGAAAGGGUAGGUCUUCCAGUGGAAAAGGCAUUGAAAAGCGCCCAAUUGACAAAAGAUGUGCUGAAUCAAGUUGUUCUAUUUGGUGCAGGCACCAGAGUUCCAAGAGUGCAAGAAAUACUCAGAGAAAUUGUAGGACAAGAUUUAGCUAAAAAUUUGAACACAGAUGAAGCUGCAGCAAUGGGAGCUGUUUAUAAAGCUGCUGAUUUAAGCACUGGAUUCCAGGUUAAAAAAUUCAUCACGAAGGAUGCAGUUUUGUUUCCAAUUCAAGUAAAUUUUGAGAGAGAAACUGAUUCUCAUCUCAAACAAGUUAAAAGAACCUUGUUCAGUUUGAUGAACCCUUAUCCACAAAAAAAAAUUAUCACUUUCAACAAAUACACUGACGAUUUUACUUUUAACGUUAAUUAUGCAGAAUUAGGCUACUUAAAUACUGAGGAGGUAAACAAUAUUGGGAUCUUGAACCUCACUGAAGUAUCGCUAACAGGUGUACGUGCAGCUAUAGAGAAACAUCCUUUGUCAGAAAACGUGGAAUCUAAGGGAAUAAAAGCUCAUUUUCAAAUGGACGAAUCAGGAAUUCUCCAUCUGAUAAAUGUCGAGUUGGUUGUUGAAAAAAAAAUUAUUGAAGAGGAUGAUGAAGGAACUUUUUCCAAAUUGGGAAGUACUAUUAGCAAAUUAUUUGGGGGAGAAGAAAAAGUUGAGGAAAAACCAGAUGAGAAGCCAAAUUCUCCGAAAGUUCCACAAGAUCCUACAAACGAAACACAAAAUCAAGAGGAAAAAAAAGAAACCAUUGAAGAAAAAAUUGCAUCAAAUUCGUCAAACUCCAAAAAUAAUACUGUCAAAGCAAAACCUCAAAAGCCAAAAAUUGUUACUCUUAAGGAACCAAUAACCGUAAAUAUCAAAUCAUUGAACCUUAUGCCUCUUAAUGAAGAUCAGUUUUUACAAUCUCAAAAAAAACUAGAAAAGCUAAACAACAUUGAAAAAGAAGUAUUAAGAAGAUCCACUGCUCUUAAUAACCUUGAGACAUUUGUUGUUGAUGUUCAAAAUAAGCUUUUGGAGGAUGAAUACUCUGAGGCAGUCACAGCUGAAGAUAAAGAAAAAAUUCUAAACCUUUUCUCUUCUAUUUCUGAUUGGUUAUAUGAAGAUGGUGCAGAUGUGGAUGCUGCUACAUAUGAGAAAAAACUGGAGAGCUUAAGAACUGAAACUAAUCCAUUAUUUGCAAGAGUGUGGGAGCAUAGGGAAAGACCAGAAGCUUUAGCUGCUCUCAACUCGAUGUUGAAUCAUUCUACUCAUUUCUUAGAAUCGGCUAAAAAUCUCACUGAUACUGUGAAUCCAACCAAAAAUGUAUUUACAGAUAAAGAAGUUGAAUCCCUAGAAAAAAUUAUAUCAGAUACAGAUGAAUGGCUAUCAAAAAAUGUUGCCGUUCAGGAAAAAUUGAAAAAAUAUGAAGAUGUUGUUCUAACAGUGAAGUCCAUAACAGAAAAAAUGGGACUAUUAGAUAGAGAAGUGAAGUAUUUAGUGAAUAAAUUGAGGCUUUGGAAGCCAAAGAAGGAAGAAAAAGUAGGUAAAAAAGAUGAAAAAAAGUCGGAAGAUACCAUAAACAAUGCAACAGAAGGAGAGAGUCGUAGUGAAAUUAACGAAACUGAAAGUGUGGAAAAUGAAAGAAAAAGUGGUAAUACUGAACCGAAUAAAGAAAAGAGUGAACCACCGCACAAUGAACUCUAAGUUUAAAUAGCAAAGAAUUUUUUUUAUAUUUCCGUUAUGUUUAUAUAUUAGAAAAAUAUUUUGAUUAAUUUAUUGAACAAUUGAAUGUGUGUGAUCUACAAGAUUUCUAAGUUAAAUUAAAAAAAUAUAAAUAUAA